CUGCUGGAAGGAGUGAGGAGAGUGGAGCUCUGUUCUGUUGUGUUCUGCCGCAGCCCACCACCGAGGGGAGGGGGCGGUGGAGCGGGGCUUACCGCUGUGGAGCCCGAAGCCUGACGCGGGACGUUCUCGGUCUCGCGGACCGCGGAUUACUCCAACUAGCACGCGCACGAAGCUAGAAAUAAAUACACUAUGGAAUGAUAACGACUGACAGCGCAGGAUGGGCCGUCAUUAAAAUCAGCUUUAACUUCCCCCGGUGGCGGCUCAGCUUCGAAAUGGAUGAGUUCCAUCCAUUUAUUGAGGCUCUGCUACCCCAGGUUCGUGCCUUUGCCUACACAUGGUUCAACCUCCAAGCCAGGAAAAGGAAGUACUUCAAAAAACACGAGAAAAGGAUGACCAAAGAAGAAGAGAGAGCUGUCAAAGACGAACUGCUUGGGGAGAAGGCAGAGGUGAAACAGAAGUGGGCCAGUCGUCUUUUGGCCAAGCUGAGGAAGGACAUUAGACCUGAAUGCAGAGAAGAUUUUGUCCUGUCAAUCACUGGGAAGAAAGCUGCAUGUUGUGUGCUGUCCAAUCCUGACCAGAAGGGCAAAAUGAGACGCAUAGAUUGUCUCCGACAAGCUGACAAGGUUUGGAGGUUGGACCUGGUCAUGGUUAUCCUGUUUAAAGGAAUUCCUUUGGAAAGCACAGAUGGAGAGCGCCUGGUGAAGGGAGGCCAGUGCUCAAAUCCAGUCCUCUGUGUCCAGCCGCGACACAUUUCAGUCUCUGUUAAAGAGCUUGAUCUCUACCUCGCUUACUACGUACAAGAGAGAGAGGCAGAACAGAGCAGCAGCCCUGGUCAAACAGGCAUGGGCUCGGACCAGGAGGACAGUCGAACCGCCACCAUGGAUGGUCCAGAGUUCCAGGAGAGUUUUGUGACAUCAGGAGUUUUCAGUGUCACUGAGUUGGUGCAAGUCUCAAGAACUCCAGUAGUUACCGGAGUUGGACCAAGUUUCUCUAUGGGGGAGCUCCAGGGUCAUCUGGCCUAUGACCUCAACCAGUCAGUCAACCAGCCAGUUGGAAUUAGGCGAUCGCUGGCCAGCACCUCGUCCAGCGGGAGCAAACGCCGCAAGUCUGGCUCCAUUGAGGAGGAACCUGACAGUCCAGCAGGGGAAUAUUACCACUCACCUUCCUCACCGGCCAGCAGCACUAGGAACUGGACAGAUGACAUGGAAGGAGGCCUGUCACCUCCAGUGAAGAAGGCAGAGCUGGACAGCCCGUCACCCCAGGAAGACUCACCCAGAUUGGCCUCCUUCAUUCAGCACCAACGGCCAGUCAUAGCAGUUCACAGUGGUAGUGGUCUUUCUCGGAGUCCACACCCCACCUCAUCUAUUCAUUUUCCUUCGUCCUCUUACUUCCCGCAUGGAGCAAUCCGCUAUCCUCCUCAUCUGACCCAGGACCCACUAAAGGACCUGGUUUCACUGGCUUGUGACCCUGCCAGUCAAAACUCUAGUUCAUUAAAUGGCAGCAACCAGGUCAAACUUCCCAGUCACUACAUCUCAUCUCAAAUGUUGGCACCACCUGGAGCAGCACCCUCCUUAGCUCCGCCCACAUCCUCUCUAACCAGGCAGUCACUUCCCGCAGAGUCAAAGGCCACUACCACCUCCUCUGAUGGGAGCACAAACUCCCCUACAUCACCCAGUGAGGACAGAGUGAGGGAGAGAGGGAGAAGAAGAAGCACAACUACUGGAGAUAAAGACACAAGCAUACUCUGCCCCUGGGACACCCCCUGCCAACCGCACCUCCUUUGUUGGAGUUACCCCUCGAGACCCUGGUGGACUCUAUCAAGCCCAGUCUUGGUAUCUGGGCAACUGAGUGAACUCUGGAGUGAAGAUGAACACCGACACCAGAGAAGGCUGUGAACCUACUGUGUCCCCAGGAUGAAGCCCUGCUUUCCCAGGACGGAUGCCAGCCUUUACCCAUGUGCCCUAGGUGUCUACAUUAUGUCUAUAUGAGGCCUGUUGCCCGGAGCUUGUAUAGACCUCUCCCUCUCGCCGCCAAAACGCCCCCUCUGCUGCAGGUGCUUUUUACGAUAUAUGCAAAUAAGCCUUCUUUACUGUCUGAAGCCGACUGGGAGGAGAGAUUCUGUUGUUAGGAUUUAAAGUUUCUUUGCAAUUUUUACUAUGUUUUUGCCUGAAAAACAUUCAAAUUUAAAAUGUCACAUUUCACUUCCCACCAAAAACUAAGGCUGUCUUUUUUACUGACAAUCAUCAGCCUGAACCCAUUUAGUUGUUUGCAAGCCUAUCAUUUCUAAGAUUUAGACUUAAGACUUUUUAAUCUGAAAAUGAGUAAUAGUGGGAUAUAAGAGCUAUAUUCAUGCCGUCUUGAACACACUACAGUGCUGAAGUUGGAAGGCAAUAAUGGACCAGUGACUGCAUUGAGGACUGGCCCAUCUGCAGCACACAUCUGGCCAUUGCCAUAAACAUGUACCAAUGGCCAAACGCACAUUAUGUGGAUAAGACACUUACUUCAAGUAUCAUGUGUUGGGACAGCUGGAACCUAGCACCGUGUGGCAUGAUGUGUGUGUUCUGCUUUGUUCUAGAAGUGUUCUACAGAACUCGCUGAUGUGCUUUGUACUUGCAUGUAGGUAGAUGCUGUAGGGUGAUUAUGUUAAAAUUCCUUUUUCAGACUGAUGCAAUGAGGCAUGUUACCAAGCAGUGGGCUUUUGAAUGUCAGAAUCUAACAGCAGGUCAGGAGCACAAAGUUCUGUUUUCUUGUACUGACUUGACUCUCACUGUGCACCUUAACCCCACCACGUUUGAAUGCUCUGCUGAGGAGUAGCAGCCAUUCAGGCUGACGUGGCUGGAGGCAGGGGAACAGGAAGCUGAGACAGCCGCAGGUUUUAGUGUUUUCAAACCUUACACAGUGUUUAUUAACCAAGACAAAGCUGCUCUGCUGUGUUAUGGCUGCAUUUUCAUACCUUAGUCUUUUGAAAGACAUUUAAUAGCUUAAUAUUAUACAUGUUUUUUAUCUUUGAUUAAACAUGUCACCAGAUUGAAUCAUGCCUAGUUCAAAUAGGAACAACCAAUUGUCCCAAUGUACAGUAAAUGUAAUGGAUUAAAUCCUGAAUGCAGAACUAUUUAAACUCAUCAUUUUUGUUAAGACAAAUUAAUGCAAGAUCCAAAUGCAGUAAUAGUAAAACCACCCAGAUCGUAUGUUAUAUCAGAUGUCAUCUCUUAGCUGAUUGUUGAUGGUAAUUAGAGACUGGACACAGCCUUAGUCCGUUACACUAACUAGAGCGAGAACCUGUUCAAACGAGUCCUGUGGAUGGAAUCAUGUGUCAUGUAAUGAAAUGGUCAUUGUGCUUGUGUUCACUAGCCAAACUUACAAGGAUGUAUGAGACCAGGACUGUCAGAGCAGAGACAUGACAUGACAACUGCCCAUGAUCUCCUAACCUGCAAAUUUGUUGCAUUUUAGUUUGUGUUACAGUGAUGUCAACAUGUUCAUCCUGUCAUGCAGCUCUAAACCUGCUUGCAGCGUUAUUUUGUAGGCACUUUAACAAUUUACUGCAGGAAAUAAUAUGAGAUUAAACUUUUGUAGGAAUGAACAUUGACUCAUGAUUAUAUCUGAGACAUUUUUUAUUCAUUUCACUCAGAGCAUGGGUGUUUCUGUCAGAGUGACUGCUAAGCAAAUGUAACGACGUCCUGCAGAUAUUAAUCCAUGAUUUGAUCAUUUCUAAAGUCUAAAUAUUCUCCUUUUGCUUGCUUUUAACUGAGGAUGAUGCAGUUUCAGCAUUGUCUGAGCUGACACUGUUUAGACUGCAUCUAAAGUUCAAAAACAGUGGUGUUCAUGUCUUGUGCUUUUCCUUUUUCCUUUCCCAGGGUCCAGGGUUAAAGCUGACAGCAGUCAGUGUCUGCUCUGUAGCAACUGCACACGACUGACUUUCUACUAAAGUUGCUGAUAUGAGCUGGAUUUUGGCAGGUUGAGGCUUAAGGUUUCGUUCAAGGUGGCUUGAAGCUGCUUUAUACUGCAUGGUGCUUCCCUGGUCGCUGUACUGACCUAAAGAAUGCAUGGCUCAAACUGAUGAUACCUCUCCCUUUCAACUUUGCUCUUCCUCCUACUCUGUACAGUACCACAUCAGAGGACAGUGAUGCAAUGGUGGUGGUGUCUAUUUCUUGACAUUUUCUGGCCCUAUUAAACUUCUAUUUUGCACGAUAGUUCAUACAAACACUUUAUGUGCCUUGCCUUCAGUUAAAAAACAGUAAUAUUAUAUGGAAACAAGAUCAUACCUUCAUGGUACAGCUCAAAAGAAAAUAAGUUGCAUGAUUGUAAAACACAAACCAUUAAAGCUGGCACAUACAUUUAUGUAAACCAGCGGGACAUCAGAGAGCUUUACGGAGGGACAGUGUUUGUUCCAUUUAUUUGUUCAAGACUCUAUUUAUUUAUUUACAGAAGUAAACAGCACUGUUAGGGUCAACUGUGUAAGAACUAUGUCAUAGGGAUUCAUCGGGUUGCAUUGGCUUAAUUGCCAUCCUUAAAACCUUGAUACAAAAACCAUGGUUACAUCCCAAGUAGUUCCAAGGUAAGCUAAACUCCUUCUGCUGGUUCAUGAAUGGCAUCAGAGGUUCCAAACAUCUGCCGCUGAACCAAGGUUCUACAUUUUGUGUGACUUUUUGACAACAGAUCAGCUCUUUGGCAGCUGAACAAACCCACAAACCUUUUAAAAUGUCUGAUGGACACAGAGAUGUGCAAAAUCAAGUAAACACUGCAAGUCUCUAAAUGUUGAGCUGUCAGCAUUGCCGUGUGUGGAUUCCACUUUAGCGAAGUGAUCUGUGCUGUUUGAGAGAAGGGAGCAUUGUUUGUGUAUGUAUUAGGAAGCAUUAAAUACAUGCAGAUCCGUUUAAGUAUGUACCUAUUGAGAGGACAAGGACGAGCCUUUAAUAGUAUGAAGUGUUUGUAGGGGUUCAGCCACUGACGCUAGCGUAAUAAAAGCAGGAGACCUGCUCUGUGAUUUGUUGUUCGAAGGUUAAAUGUCUGACCACAUGUCGAACCAUGUGACAAGAAAGUACCAAACGCCACAGCAGAAUUUUGUAUUGAUGCAUGCACUAAGACCUUUUCCUUUUCAGCUUAUCAACUAGCAACUAUUAGUUUUUAGUUCAGCUUUGUUUUUAUUGCUUGUACAUAUAAUUUAAGACACAGCAGUAUGUAUAAAGUUUGUAUUAUGAACUCAUAUAUAGAAUGUCUACUGUCAGUUUUCUUUGUUUGAAGCUGGUGGCUGAGCCACAGAGCGUGGCACCCAUGAAAUGGGAGCUGAUUGUUGAUGGUAAUUAGAGACUGGAGUAAACAAAGCCUUUGUCUGUUACGCUAACUACAGCGAGAACCUGUUGAAACGAGUCCUAUGGAUAGAAUCAUGUGUCAUGUAAUGAAAUGGUCACUGUGCUUGUGUUCACUAGCCAAACUUUCAUGGAUGUAUGAGACCAGGACUGUCAGAGCAGAGAUAUGACAUGACGACUGUCCAUGAUCUCCUAACCUGCAAAUCUAUUAUUUGUUGCAUUUAAGAUUGUGUAACAUGACAAUUACCCAUGAUCUCCUAACCUGCAAAUUUGUUGCAUUUUAGUUUGUGUUACAGUGAUAUUAACAUGUUCAUCCUGUCAUGCAGCUCUAAACCUGCUUGGAGCAUUAUUUUGUAGGCACUUUAACAAUUUACUGAAGGGAAAUCAUAUUAUAGAGAGAUUUGAAGAUGCCUGGACAUGUAAGCUGUAUCCUAAUAGUUUGAAUUAUUAAAAUCCAUCACUAAUUUAUGUAUUGAUAAACUGCUAAAAUCUAAUUUAAUUAGAUCUAAUUUUAACUAAUGUACCAAAGGUGAUGUGCUCAAACCCUAUACAUUAACUUGAUUAGCAAGUACAGUUGCUGUAACUUCUUCAUGAAUUAACUUAUUUAUUUUGAAUCAUAUAAAUAUUGUAGAUCUAUAAUGUGUUCUUUUUGUAUACAAAACAAAAUGCUAUAAACACAGGUCAACAUGCUGUAGUUAGGGUAAUGUUUUAAUAGAAUACAGACAUGUCUAUGUAUUCCAAAGUAUACUUUACAUUUAACAUUAGAAUUUAAAGACUUACUUUGAAUUAUACAGUCAAUGUCUGUGCUCAUGGAGCCUGCUGCUCCACAUUCAUCCAUGUGUCCAGUCGAGCUGAACAAAACCUUUGGAUAAACAUGACAUUGACUGUUUCACAAACUAUUGCAGUUUUACUCCUCGUCUGCAGUGUGUAAUCUACAGUAGCUGAUCCUUUGCCAUCCUUUGCCAGCCAGAUGCUUUGUAUGCAGCAUAGUCUGUGAUUUCCCUUUUAGAGUUUUCACCUGUGGCUGUGAUAGACAGUGUAUUGAGAAUGUCUGGACUUCCAGUUCCUGGCUGAGGUCAAGUUGAAGCUGUUUGGAAACAGAUUAAUUUGUUAUCAGCCACUCGACUAAUCAGUAGCAUUUGCUUUUGGCUCACAUUGUACAUCUAGACAUGGUUGAUAGCAGGUUAUCUUCAGCUCAUCAUCCUGUUUAUUUUCCUCAAAGCAGAGGGUUUGAGAAUGUCCUUCAUUAAUGUGAAGGGAUGAGACAAGAAGAGGAGGUGAUUUCUAUUGCUUGUGGAGUUUAAUUUAAGUCAAUAUAAAUCCAGAUUAUCAUCCCAAACUAUUUUGAAGAGGUGAGUAUGCUUUUAUUAUGGCUGAGUAAAACUGGAGGAGAAUGUUGUGCUUAACUUAUUUUAAGCUCCUUUUAAGUGUCAGGAGUUGACUCUCACACAGUCGUAUGACUUCAAUCUGUGGAUCGUUCCCAGGAGACAAUUUCAGAAAACAACAUUAUGCUCUAAAACAAGCGUCAUUAAUAGUUAAAGUCACUGAUAAAAUGCCUUUACUUGCUUUAACCUAGCACUGACUGUGCUCACUAAUUACUGAAUACCACAGUGUGAUGACUGAAUUCCACAGUUACCAGUAUCUGAACCUCACUUGGACUCUAAUCUAAUCUCAGGAACAAGUCAAAGAACAACCAAAUUCAUACCAGUGUAGAGACUGUGGUGAACAGCUCUGACAAAGAAGACCGAAUAAAAUGUUGAGACAUUGCUGCGUUGGCUCAACUUAGUAGUAGUAUUGACUUAGUAGUCAAUAAGGUUUAUGAAGCGUCUAUAUUACAACUGUUGUGGUGGAGUCAGGUGAUGGCAGACAAGCUCCACACUCCAACACAUCACAUCAUAGUACAACCACUGAUUUAGCUUAUUGCUUGUGGCAACAACACUCAGAAUAGUGAAAUGCUGCUUAUCAUUACAUCAUCAGUCAUUUCAGUGGAACCAAUGGUUUUAUUCACUGUACUCUGACAUCAGAACUAACUCUCGAGUACCAGUAUUUACAGUUCUGCAGUAUUUUAUUGCAGUCUACAAGGCAGUAUUUUUAUUACACCAACAGUGUUACUGCUGCCCCACAUUACACCUUAGGUUUUCAAUACUAAUGUAACCAUGAGACCACUGAGCUCCACAUUUUGCCAACUAUUAGCUAGGUUAGAAGAUGAAUCACCAGGCUUUCUGGACUCCUGUUGUCAUAUUGUUGCUUGUGUGGAACUUGCCUCUGGCUUUGGUUGCUGGUAAAAGGAGUGACACAGGGCACUGAGGCUAAUUUUGCUCUUUGGCUUAGCAGAUGUGAGCUGUAUGAGGAACACAAAGACUGUGGCUGAUGCCAGGUGAAAUAUUUUCAUAGGAGACUUUUUGAAUAAGCAGUGUUAUUGUUCACCACUGAUCACUAAGUCAUAACACUUAAUAUCAUACAAUAUCACUGAGCUGAACUACAAACCUUCACUGAGCGAUCCCACAUUGAUUCUUUUCUUAAGAGAUAUUUUUUUUACUCCAGGCUUUUCGAAACAAUUCUAGGAAAGACUGCUUUGCUUAAUUAAUGUCAGAGGGCUAGGGUUAGGGGCAUGUCAGCUUCUAAUACAUUCUGCACAGAUCACAGCCCUUUCACAUCGGUCACGGUUUCUUCACUUCCGUAGUCAAGCAGACUGUAGCACCUCUAAACGGACACACGUCUGAUGUUAGAAUACAGCGUGGUUUCCGUAAUAAGCGCUGACCUGAACUCUUUACGGUACAAGCAGUUGCUUCUCUAAACUCUAAACUUUAUGUUUUUCUUUUUGACAUUUUGAACUGAACUUUUAUUAGCAGACAAUGAACUGUUCCUAUUUAGCUGAAUUCAGACAAAAACAUAAGAGCUGUUGACUGAACGCUGCCUUGUGAAGUUUACCAGCCUGUAAAUGUAUCAUUUUUUUAAGAACCAGUGUUUCUGACCUAAUGAUUUUCAUCUGCUGUGGGGAAGUUAAGGUUUUGGUAAAAUGCCAUUAUAAUCAUAUUUAGCCAUUGCUGUCAGCAAAUGCUGACAAUUCAUUACUGGAAAUUAAUAUGUUUUCCUAUGCAAAACUAUACCAUAAAUAAACAACCUAUAUCACUACA